UCUCUCCUUCGUUCUUCUUUAUCUGCUCUCAAUUACUUCUGCUAUUAUAUUUCGAUUCGCUCCUUUACUUCAUUGACUUGUUGUGCCUCUACCUUGCCUCGAUUAAGCUCUCAAACACAUCCAGUUCUGCUCCCAACAUGGAUUCAUCUGAUCUCCCCAUGGACGGGAAGUCGUCGAGGCCGCGGCUGGCUCCUCUCAAAGUUCGAAGGGACUCCAACGCGAUAAAGAAACGUCCGGUUGUGCCGCCUGCGCCACCCCAGUACCGGCGGCCCAUCAUAAUUUACGCCGUCUCGCCGAAGGUCGUCCACGCCACUCCUAGCGACUUCAUGUCGGUGGUGCAACGCCUCACCGGUGCCGCCUCCGCCUCCUCUUCGUCUUCUUCUGAUGCUUCAGUUUUGUCUGCAUCUGCUCGUUUAGCCACACACGCAUCGAGCAGUGAAAUGUUGAUGACGGGCGAGCAAGAUCUAUCGGAUGAUCUACUAGGAGUCGAUGGUGACAUGGUGUUUUCCCGAUCAUCCUUCAAUGGACUCAGCCAAGAUAUUUCCGGCAACAAGGGCGUCAUGGGGAUCAGCAGCUUCUCGCCAAGUCCUAAUCAUUCGGCUGCUGCUGCUGCUGCUUACUGGGAGUUUUGGCUGCUGCAACAACAUGAUGGAGGUCGUAUCUGAUGAAAGGACGACUCCACGCGAUCUCACAUCACAGUGAGCUAAAGAUUCUCAUUCAUUUGAUGUAGAUCUACUGGAUUCGUUGUCCUGUAUUUUUAGAUCUGUCGUUUAUUCAGCUUGAAAAAAUGAUUUAGUUUCUAUUGAA